UCGUAUGCGCAUUGGGCACACAUACCUGGCACAUUAAGGGGAUUCUGAAAUAUUAUUUUACUGUUAUCAUCCGUUCGAUAAUGUUCACUUUCCCAUCAUGUGUCGGCAACCAUUUUAACAUUUAAACAUAUAGGCUAUAUAUGUUCCUCACGGUGACAUAGAUUUGUAGCACAGUAAAAAGUAGUACAUGUUAAGUAGCUUUAUACAUAUUAAAGUCAACAAUUGUAUUUCUUGAAGUCUAAUGCGAACAAAUAAUUGAAAUGAGGUACAAUUACAUUUAACCAAUAGUGUGUUCAAGGCAGGCCCAGGUGAUCAUUUAUAAUCACGGUAGCCUAUAUGUAAUUAUGUUUACAUUAAUAUGUAGGUUAUCAUGAUAUAAUGCAGUUUCUAUCCACACAUUUUCAAUCAGAAGGGCCUGUCUGACUUUGGCUUAUCUGUCUGCCAAAUAAAAGUACUUCACAUUGGUGCAAAAGUCAAAUCAAAAUCCAAUAUUGCUAUAAAUAGCAGCCCUUGCAACAUUGCCCAUAAUAGCCUCAUACAACCAGAUAUGUCAAAUCACCCACCCCCAGUGGGCAAUGUGCUGUUUAUUAUGAGCUGUGCUGAUCUAAUAAUUUACAAAACAGUUUUUAUUCUUCAUUCUCAAAAUAUUCUUUUCUGCGUGGUGACAUGUCAUACUCUUCUUUUGUUCUGUUGUAUUAUUAUUAUUAUUGAAUAAGCAGAACAAACACUCAAAAGGCAGCUUUCCAACAUACUUCAAUCUGUGUCAAGGUCCACCUCGCAUUGGCUCAGUGCCAAUAUUUUUGCAUAAAAUAUAAUUUGCUUGCCUUUUCUACUAUCGAGAAUAAGGCGAAGUUCAGGUCUCACAAAAAAAUUGUGCACGCUUGUACCUUUACAAACGUUAUGAAUUCACAUUCAAACAAAAAAAACGUGUAACCACUCUGCACAUGAAUUCAACGUAUAGUUUUGGGUUUUGUACCCUUUGAAUAUGCUGCAGCACGAAUAGCUCCAAAGUCUGUCAGAUAGGCUACUAACCUUCUGAAACAACAACUGAUAAAUGCACAGCUGUGAGACCAGUGGUUGGAUGUGUCCUGUGGAGCAUCAGGUCAAUCAUUACACACAGGGUACACAACUCCAGUCAGUCUCUGGUCAGAUUUCUGCUCCGCCUGACUGCUGAGCUGGAGGGCAUAUCACAGGCUUCCACAGGCUUUAUAUUUCAGUUACAACCUUCAGGUAGGCCACCUCAUGGGUCUUUAGAAAGCUCAGUUUUACCGGGAAAUAUGCAACUGGCUUAGAAUAACAGUUAUUAUCUACAUAUGGUUUUGGUUGUUUUAAACACAAAGGGUAGGCAAUAGUCUGAACACGUUGUUUUCAGCCUUUAAAAGUAAGCUAACAAGCGGCACAUGCACACAUUAUUCAUUCAGUGAGUAGAAUAUGAACACAACAGCAACACACUUUUAAACUUCUUAACUCUAGAUUUAAGAUCAGAGCUGCCAAUCCAUCUGAGAACUGUACAGCUUAUUAACUUGAUGUAUAAUACACUGUUACAUUAUAAGAUACAGAUCUCUUGUGUUUGCCUUCAUUUACUACAAUGCUUUAAAUGUCACUGGCAUUUAAAUCUUCAAUGCAUCGUGCUUAUAAUUAAAGUUUCGCAAUUACCUCACUUUGAUAUAAUUUGAUGAUAUCAACUUUUCAACAGUAUUCCCGACACCAUGGUUAUAUUAAAAGUGGUCUUUUAAACAUGUUUUGGUGGGAACUGUAUAAACGACUCAAUAUGACUUUUUGAUUUCAGACCCACUGAACUGUCCAUGGCCCGUGUUCUUUCCCUGUUUCGGCCUCAGCCUUUUCUGGUCCACGUGAGCAGGAGAAAAGACAUUCUGUGCAAAAUGUCAAUGGACUCACGGGCACGCAAGGUGUUUGCAGCCGCGGUGGAAGCUGUGCAGCCAGACGUAGUGGUCAGGCAGAGCAUAGAGCGCAGAGAGGACUCAGUCAUUAUCAGUGGUCAGAAGUUCACACUUAAGCACAACGUGCACUUGGUUGGUUUUGGAAAAGCUGUACUGGGUAUGGCUGCUGAGGCAGAGAGGAUUAUGGGGGAUCAUUUGGUAAAAGGAGUAAUAAGCGUGCCACAUGGGAUUCAGCAGACAUUACAGCAGCAUGGAAAGAAUCAUCUUUUGUUGAAAGAAAACAGUCGCAUCAAAGUGAUGGAGGGAGCGAAACACAACUUGCCUGACAGUGAUGCCCAUAAUGCAGCGGAAGGGAUCAAGCAGUUAGCCAGUGAACUGACGGAGAACGACCUGCUACUUGUACUGAUUUCAGGUGGAGGCUCGGCGCUCUUACCUGCUCCCAUCCCACCAAUCUCGCUGCAAGAGAAACAGGAUGUCACCCGCAAACUUGCAGGUGCCGGCGCCACUAUUCAAGAGCUGAACACCGUGCGGCGGGCCCUUUCCGUUUUAAAGGGUGGAGGGCUCGCUCAUUGUGCUCACCCAGCCCAGGUGGUUUCACUGAUAUUGUCCGAUGUAAUUGGAGACCCUCUGGACUUGAUAGCCAGUGGCCCCACCGUGUGGAGUGAAGUGCGGCCUGAAGAAGUGUCAUCAGUCCUUGAACGUUACAAGCUGUUGAACUGCCUACCAGCCUCAGUAAAGGAAGUUCUUGGUAAACCAAUGCCAACGUGGAGAGAUAAUAAAGGCGAAUCCAAUACAUCAGGACGUGUUCUCAAUACUGUGAUUGGCUCCAACAGUGUUGCCCUCCAAUGGGCAGGUCGCCGUGCUCGGGAGUUAGGUUUCCGCCCUCUUGUGCUGGCCCCAGGAGUGUGUGGCGAUGUGAGGUCGGUCUCCCGACUCUACGGCCUCCUGGCUAGCUUUGCCUGUUCUCGAGAAGAACCUCCUCCAGAGGUUGCCGCUGAGCUGCUAAGGCUGGGGCCCGAAGUAGGUGUGGAGAGCUGGGACCUCUGCCGUACCAUGCAGGUCUUGGAAGAAGGGCGUACAGAAGGAUGGGGUUCCACGUGUCUGUUAGCCGGAGGUGAGCCCACCGUGGAGCUGACAGGCACGGGUCGAGGUGGUCGGAACCAGGAGCUGGCUCUGCGAGUUGGACUGGAGCUGAGAGGCAUGAAGCUUCCGCCUAAUGGUCCCGUCUUCCUGAGUGGUGGAACUGAUGGUCAAGAUGGACCCACUGAGGCAGCAGGGGCCAUCACUGAUGGUGGAUUGUAUGAAGAGGCACAAGCACAGGGACUGGACAUCAACAGCUUCCUUACCAACAAUGAUUCGUACACUUUUUUUACACGUCUUUCUGCUGGGCAGCGUUUACUUGUACCUGGCCUAACCUGCACCAAUGUGAUGGAUGUGCACAUGCUACUUAUUCCACCCAUUCCCAUGAACAUGAGAUAAUUUGAAACUCAUAAAAUAAAAGGGUCUUGGUCAAGCAGAUCUGGAUGAAUAAAUUACUUAAUUGUUCUAUUUGACUUGGUAUUGUGGGACGUGCUUUUUUGUUCAACUAUCUACUUGAAAGCAAGACUGGUAUUGCUAUAUUACAUUCUAACAACCACAGAAUAAAUGUCAGCAGUAUUGUUAUCAGCUUUACGGUUAUAGGCGGAAAAACAAGUUUAGGAAGUGAUUUUACUGACAACUUUUUUUUUUAAACUCAACAAUAUUUUUACAAACCAGCUUUUGUAACUAAAGGCAUUUAAAACAUCAGUAUUUAUAAACACAGCAAAUUUAAUAUCAAUCAAGCUCUUUACACAAACCAUGCCCUAUUAUCUUUGCUGCUGGCCUCUCUGAGUUUGUUGUUCAGUUCAGGACUCUAUAUCAUAAUAUUUCAGUAAAUGCACUGCAAUACAUUUUCAUGUACCAACUGGUCUUUGCCAUUAUAAUUGUUGUCACAUGUAUAUAAAUGAUUGGAAUAUGACUCAU